AUGGCUUCCUCCGACUCGCCUAGCGGUAGUAAGGCGGCGGCAUCGUACUCGACCGACCCCGCGCUUUAUAUCUACACAUCGCUGACGGCGGGCUCGUCACACAUUGUUACCGCGACUUCGCGGCUGGAGACCAUUUUGCGCGCCAACCGCGUGCCCUUCAAAGCCAUUGACAUUGCUACGGAUGAGAAGGCGCGCAUGCUAUGGGGACGCCGUGCGGGUAAGGACGAGGGCGGCCGGAUGCGUAAGCUCCCGGGCUUGGUGCAGAUGGGACUCGUGCUCGGAGAUCUUGUCGAGAUCGAGGAUUGGAAUGAGUAUGGCGAGUUGAAGCAGCAUGUCACUAUCUAUCACGACGAGUUCACGCAACCACCCAUCGGCCAGGCACCUCCACAGCCUCCGAUCCAGAAGAAACCUACUCCGGCGCCUACGCCAACAGCGGCGCCAGCAGCACCUCCCGCGCCUCCUUUGCCGACUGCAGAAGACAAGCCCCAGACCACCGUCGACCAGGCAAAGGCUGUGGCCAGCGCGGCCGUUGAGACUGUUUCUAAGGUGACGCUGCCCAUCCGUAGCAUAGCGGAGGAGGCGGCCGCGAAGGCGAAACAGGUGCACCUCCAGAGCCUGCGAGAUAAGGUCUACGGCAAGGGUGGGAGCAAGGAUGCCAAGCCAUCUGAGGAGCCCGAGAAGAAAGAAGAGGAGAAGGAGGCCGACAAGUCCGUCCCUCCGGCCUCUUCAGACGAGGCAGCGGCGGUCACUGCCGCGGACCUUGGCAAGCCAGAGUCGCACGUCUCGACGACGAGCGUGCCCUCGACGAUAGUCUCGGUCGAAUCCACUGCAGCUGGCCUGCAGUCACCGACCACGGGAGCCUGGAAAGGGGUGGCGGGUGGUGAGGAUAACCCCCUGCAGACAUUGCAGUCUCCAACUAGUGCGACUUGGAAGCCGUCCGAUGUCGACGCCCCCAUCACAACAUUUUCAGGCGCCUUAGUAGAGUCUGCGUCCGCGGAAGAGAUCGAGUGUGUAGAGAAAGAAGAGACCAUUCUCGAGGAGCCCGAGAAGGAAGAAGAGGCCGAGGAGGAAGACGAAGAAGCUGCCGAGAAGUCGGAGAAGGCGGAGAAGGCAGAGAAAGCCUAA